AAUUUUCCACAGUUUUGACGCGCCCGUCGCGCGCAUGGGCUGUUAAUGGUUCUCAUUAUCAUUUAUGACUUUGUGCUUGUGCAACGCGAUGUGUGAGAGGCAGUGAGUGACAGAGUUUGUAGAGGAAAGGUUUGGAAGAGUCAGUGUAAAGUUUACUGAUUUAGUGAGGCUGCAUCCGAUACCAUUGUUUUUUAAAGUUGGGUGCAUUUAUUAACGCGCCUGAGGAAUCAAAUGUUUUGUUUUUCAUUGAAAUUAACAGUGCAAUAUAAGAAUGAAAUACUUGUUUUUUCAUUUACAUACAACAAUAGCUCUCUAAAGCAUACGUGCACGUUUAAUUAUAGCGUGUAAGGUGAGCGAAUUGAGUUGUAUUUGGCGCGCAGCGCGUGGGAGGCAUUGGCGAGAACCGUCUCAAUUCCGCGCUGAAAUGUUAAGGAGCGAAUACGCGCACGACAGUUUUGACUGCGCUGAUCUCUCGAGUUCAGUCGACGGUGCCGCAGAGGAACCUCUAUCCAAAAUAGACCCCAUCCCCAUUAUCGACGAAUAAAGCGGCGAAUUGUUGUUUUCUCCAAAAGGAUGCAAUAUUGACGGAAGCCCCUCAGAAGAGGCACGCGGACCUGUUCCACCAGCUCCACUGCAGAAAGCGCUCCAGACUCAAAUAUAAAAGAAAGAAAAAAUCGAAGGGGUAAAUCCGUUUGGAUCGUUGAAUUUCGACCGAACCAUUGAACCUUUUUUCCCUUUCCUUUUUGGCGAAUCGCUUCCAGGAAUGGACACGGUGAACGCAAGGGCACCGAUGGAAUUACGCCGUUGAGAACGCUGAACUUGACGGAUUUGUUUAUAAAGAAAAAGCAAGGUUAUACAAUGAAGAGUGGGGACACGGCGUAAAUCCUGGCAGGAAUGUUGGGAAUGUAUGACAGGGAUAUCAGAACAUUGCACACUUAAGCUCCUGUCAAGGUGUCUCACCGAAGGUCUGAAAAUGCGCCCGGGCACGCGCCUUCUUCUCUGUCAGGAAAUCUUCGUGGAUCAAAUUCACAAAACGUCGCUGGGUUUCGCAGAUGGCACAUUUCAACCUCGGCGAGUUUUCUUCACUGACACCUCGUGACACGCAAGGGGUUGAAGCCAGGAAUGAUGGGAGCUGUAGUCUGGUUCAUGGUCUUAUUGGCUUUCCUGGGUUGGUCACAGGCUGCAGAGAAACCUCCAUCCCUAAGUGUGGCUGUGAUUCUGGGCCAGACCCCCACCGUAUCCGAAUCUGCCCUGCGUCCAGUUCGCGGUGUAGGUGCGCCGCUGGACGUGACCGUACUCAGUGUCCAGGUGAACCAGACGGACCCAGGAAGCAUGCUUACUCACUUGUGUGAGCUCAUGUCCCGUCAGAGACUGCACGGGUUGGUGUACGGAGACGGCACGGAUCAGGAAGCCGUGGCGCAGAUGCUGGACUUUGUUUCUUCUCAGACAUCCAUGCCCAUACUGGGAAUUCAUGGCGGCUCUGCGAUGACCAUGGCGGAGAAGGAUGCCGGUUCUUCAUUUUUCCAGUUUGGAGCCUCCCUCCAGCAGGAGGCACUGUUGAUGCUUGCCAUUAUGGAGGAGUACGACUGGCACGUCUUUUCUGUGGUCACCACCAAGUUCCCAGGUUUCCAGGAGUUCAUAGCCACUGUACGUGUCACGGUGGACCACAGCUUUGUACGUUGGGACCUUCAGAGCGUAGUGACGCUGGAUGGGGUCGGCGAGCCCGAGGACCGAGCCCACGUACAGCUGAAACGCAUCCAGUCGCCCGUCAUACUUCUAUACUGUUCCAAAGACGAAGCGGCGUUGGUCUUAGAUGAAGCUCGUUCGUUGGGUCUCACUGGGGCUGGUUUCGUGUGGAUUGUUCCUAGCCUCACAACAGGAAAUAUCGAACAUACCCCAGAAGCUUUUCCAACUGGGAUGAUAUCUGUGGCAUACGACGAGUGGGAUUAUCCCUUGGAGACGCGUGUGCAGGAUGCUGUGGGAAUCAUCAGUUCUGCAGCCGCUGCCAUGUUUCGGGAGGAAGGUCGGAUACCUGAUGGAACAGCUAGCUGCAGCAGCCAGUCAGAGAAGCCGGAAGUGCCACCAAGUGCUCUACGAAGAUAUAUGAUGGGAGUACGUCUAGGGGGUAAAGAUCAUUCAUUCAUGGACGAUGGCUACCAAGUCAACCCCAAACUGGUUGUCAUUGUUCUGAACACACAGAGGGAAUGGGAGAAGAUGGGACGAUGGGAGCACCACUCAUUGAAGUUGAAGUUUCCGGUGUGGCCACGUUACAACUCGUUCGGGGACAUGGACGCGGAUGAGAACCACUUGAGCAUUGUGACUCUUGAGGAAAGACCCUUCGUCAUAGUGGAUGACGUGGACAUUCUCACAGGCACCUGCAUGCGUAACUCGGUACCAUGCAGGAAGCACAUUAAAGAUAACACCACGGAGGGUUCCUACAUCAAGCAGUGCUGCAAGGGCUUCUGUAUAGACAUAUUGAAGAAGAUUGCAAGGAAUGUGAAAUUUACCUAUGACCUUUACUUGGUCACUAACGGUAAACAUGGCAAAAAGAUCAAUAACGUAUGGAAUGGCAUGGUGGGGGAGGUUGUCUAUAAAAAGGCCAUAAUGGCCGUCGGCUCAUUGACCAUAAACGAAGAACGUUCAGAGGCCAUAGACUUCUCCGUCCCAUUCGUGGAGACGGGCAUCAGCGUGAUGGUGUCCCGUAGCAACGGAACGGUGUCACCGUCAGCAUUUCUAGAACCCUUCAGUGCUUCGGUGUGGGUUAUGAUGUUUGUCAUGUUGCUCAUCGUGACGGCAAUCGCUGUUUUUCUCUUUGAAUUCAUCAGUCCUCUCGGUUUCAAUAGAAACUUGGCACAGGGCAAAGACCCCCACGGGCCCUCCUUCACCAUCGGUAAGGCCAUCUGGCUACUGUGGGGUCUGGUGUUCAACAACUCCGUCCCCGUACAGAACCCGAGGGGCACCACAAGUAAAUUCAUUGUGUCCGUGUGGGCCUUUUUCGCUGUGAUCUUCCUGGCUAGCUACACUGCCAACUUGGCCGCCUUUAUGAUCCAGGAAGAAUUUGUGGACCAAGUCACAGGCCUUAGUGAUCGAAAGUUUCAAAGUCCCUAUUCUUACUCGCCACCAUUUCGCUUUGGGACGGUCCCCAACGGGAGCACAGAACGAAACAUCAGGAAGAACUACCCUGACAUGCACCAGUACAUGGUCAAAUACCAUCAAACUGGAGUUCAGGAUGCACUGGUCAGCCUUAAAACUGGAAAGCUGGAUGCUUUCAUAUACGAUGCCGCUGUGCUCAACUAUAUGGCGGGACGUGAUGACGGCUGUAAGCUGGUAACUAUCGGCAGCGGCUACAUCUUUGCCACAACAGGAUAUGGAAUUGCUCUGCAAAAGGGAUCCUACUGGAAACGCCUGGUCGACCUCGCUAUCCUUGGGAUAAUUGGAGAUGGUGAGAUGGAGGAGCUGGAGGCCCAGUGGCUCACUGGUAUCUGUCAUAAUGAGAAGAACGAAGUGAUGAGCAGUCAGCUGGAUGUGGAUAAUAUGGCUGGUGUGUUCUAUAUGCUAGCGGCAGCCAUGGCUCUGUCGCUAAUUACUUUUGUCUGGGAGCACCUCUUCUACUGGAGGCUACGAUACUGUUUCACUGGUCUGUGUUCUGGUCGACCAGGAAUGCUCUUCACUAUCAGCAGGGGAAUUUGGAGCUGUAUUCACGGCGUCCACAUCGAGAUGAAAAAAUCCCCAGAGUUAGACUUUAGCCCUCAGGCCAACAUGUUGCACCUUCUGAAAUCAGCAAAAGAGAUCACCACCCUCGGAGUUACCUCGCCCAAACGCCCGACUAGUCUUCUCCCCAACAGUUCGGGCCUGUUGGAUUUAAUGGGUGGAGGUAAAGGCAACAACCUGUCUCAGAAAAAUGCACCCUAUAACAACGCCAGCACCAUGAUCAGCAACCGUCACAAAGAGCCACUUAACAAUACUCUGUUGCCAGGGCAACGUGCCCUGAGCUUGACGGAUGCUCAGCCAGGUGUGGCUGGGAACGGUGGCUCGGGAGGUGGAGGUGAGACAGCACGACCUCCUGCUUCCAAACCACGUGCUCUGUGGAAGAAAUCAGUUGAGACGCUCCGACAGACCCAAGGCCCGGGAGAAAGUUCCCCUCCGUCUGCAGCAGUGCCGGCUGUUGAGACCCUGCCUAUGAAGAGUCAGCGAUACCUACCCGAAGAUGCACCCGCCCGCUCCGAUGUGUCAGAUUGCUCUGGCCGAGUGGACUUGCAGAAGCAGCAGAAAUUGAAAGAGACUCUUAGAAAAAGGAACCGCCUACCGCGAGACCUGAGCGAUGUGGAGCUGUCGACUCUGAGGAGUCAGCCCAGCCAGCAGAGCAAUCACAGCGCUCAGAUAUUCUCUCAGAGCAGCCAGGGAAGUCAAAUAUAUACAAUUGACUCCAUUGAUCACGAGAAUGGACUUCACUACCCGGAUAUCUUCAGUGAUCACCGUGACAACAAGCACCGGCCUUCCUCUUCCUCUGAGCAACAGCCAAUCCUGCAGCUCAACAGCAGUCUGCUUUCCCAGGCCCAUGAACCAGAUGUAAUGCAAACUGCAAUUGCUAAGGAUAAAAAGUACAACACGUACUGCAAGCCUGGGGGAGUGGGGGGCAUCACCGGUGGGCCUGCUUCUACUCAGGAUCCACGACAGACACACUGCCGUAGUUGCUUGUCGAAGAUGUCCAAUUACUCUGGACUUUACACUGUACGGUCUCCUCAGUAUCGUUGCGAGGCUUGUCUGCACUCCGGAAACCUCUAUGACAUCAGCGAAGAUCAAUUCCUCCGUCCAGAUGGAAGGGGAAUCGGAGGUGGAAGUGUUGACAGGGCCUUCUCUCCUUUUCUUCCCCAGCCUGAUGCUUCCUUUACAGCCUAUCUUCCCCAGAGUGACCAGGAAGGUGACGGUCUUAUUAGCCACUACCAGAAUGAAGGCGUGAUCAUUCACCGCCAGCACUCUUACGAGAACCUGCCCCAGAAGAGUUCGUCACGACGCGUCAGCCUCCAAGACAACACUCCAUACGCCAACAUUCCCUCCUCGACUUUGAUCCCGGACAAGCACCCCAAAAAACAGUCGGCGCAUCUAAACCACACACUUGCCGGGGUGGGCGUCAGCGGGCUGGGGAUCGGCCGUCGCAGCAAGUCGAUGUAUCCAGCCCAACCUACAGAUAAUCCUUUUCUGCAGACGCUCCGUGACGACCAGCGUCUGGCCCAUGGCCGCAGCUCCACAGACAUUUAUAAGCAGCUGGUGCCGCUCACAUUAGGCCAGGUUGACGGCAACGUGCUCGGCAUGGGGAUGGUGACCCCUGACCUCUAUUACACCGAGCAUGUCAUGCCUUAUGUAGCCCCUCCACCCGUCGGCACGUACACCGCCCCUAGAGCAUUGAGUGCUGGGGGCGCUCGACGUAUCUACAAGAGGAUGCCGAGCAUCGAAUCUGAUGUCUGAUAGAGAGCGCUUGACAGAGAGUAUAAAAAACUCUGAAAAGACAUGCAUGGAUACUUCCAACGGGAUAUGAUUCAAAACCGGAACUGUUCGCCGGCUUCUAAAGCUCUGUGACUGUAGGGCGAGAAAGUAACUUCGUUUUCCUUCUUGGACUUAUCUGUCUAAACAAAAGUCAGAGUUCAGUUUUUACAUCAGGUCCCCUCUAGUCGAGCAGCAGCUCUGCGUCUUCCAGAAAACAUUGACGUUGGUGGGCAGGACGCUCUUGCGCCUCAGAGCAAAGAAAGAGCAGCGGAAGCUGUUUGGAAGAACAGGGGCAGCUCCAAAGAGUUUCCUUUUUCAACCAACACGAGCAACCAAAAAGUAAAUUGAAAUAAACGAGUAUCCACAUUCUGCACUUUUACACACAAACACACUCGUACACAAGAGGCACAAAGUUAGAUGUAAGAAUAAAAUCUCUCCUGACCAAAAAACGAAAGCAGCGUACAGUAAAAUAAACGACAGGCGUACACAUAAUUCGAUCAGAUCCGAGUUUUUGGAGAGGCGGAAGAACGUUUGUCAUUGUGUUCAAACGACUUAUAAAUGCAUGUACAAAUGCAUUUCGGUGUCGAAUCUGCACUGAGGCACGAACCACAAAGACUGCUUAGAGAGUUCAAAGAUUAGAUUUCCAUUCCAGCCUGAACUGUGAUAAAAUGCACUACCUGAUUGAUUAGCCUUGGGUGAAAUCAAGUACGUUAGAGAGUUUCAGAAGAAGGAAACCCCAGACAAGACCUGCGAUUGCUUGGACUUGUUCGAGGACAUCAACGGAGGAAAAGGUCUUCGCCCCUCCCCACAUUUGAAUCUGACCUAAGCGGCAUGCAAAGCGCAGAACGGCACUCCUCUGCUCACAGCACAACAGUGUAGUAAAGUGUCAGUGUUAAUUCAUCCAAAUUGUAUCAUCUCGAGCAUAUUUCUAUAGUUGUCUAGAAUAUUGAAGUGUGAUAGUCAAUUUUUACAGUUUUAUACACUGCCAAAUAUUCGGAAGGGUGUGCGAAGCAUAUCUGUAGUGUUAUGGAAAAUAUAAAUAGGAAAGAGGUGAAGGAAAGAGGGACUCGUCGGAGGACAAAAAAAUAAUUUAAAACCCCACACCAACUUAAUGAUGUCAAUGCAGAGAUAUAAAAACGUACCUGUUUGCCUCGAACACACAAGCACAUCACUUCCUGUAGAAUCCAACCACGCGGUCAUACUUCACGAUUAUUUGGGUCGUUUUGAAAUAUUAUGGUCGUUCCAGCGAUAUGCACAAUAUCAGGUUGCAAUAUUAUAUUUAUGUAUGAAAUUUCCUAGUUUUAUUAUUAGUUCCUUUAUUUAUGAAUUGUUAUACACGUGGAAUUCAUUUAUAAAUGUGAUUUAAUUGCGUAUAUAUUUAAAAACAAAAGAUAACAGCAUGUUAAUCUUCUCUAUGGUCGAACUUUUAGAAUUGUUCUUUUUGAUUUCGAUGUGAAUGGGAGUAUAUGUUUACAGUGAAUGUGAAAAUAUGGAUUCAUCUCAGAUGUGAUUUUUGAUUCUCAUUUGAAUACAAACAUAAAACUGUCGUAUCGAAAACUGUCGACUGGAUUGUACGUUUUUUUCCGUGUCUAUAUUUCAGGGUAUAUACUGGGUUUUUAACUCGAGUGGCUUGAAAUCAAUACUGGAGUAUACAGUGUGGCUAUUGAUAAAGCCUUUUGCAGAUGGUCAGUCUAUCACUCAGGCCCGGUCUGUAUCAUAUGCGACAUGUUUGCCUCAAAACAUAUCAGUCCAGCUUUUCUAUCAACAUUAGAAACUUUCCGAUCAGCUGGUUGUUUUUAACCUACUUAAUAAACAUGAAAUGCAUA